UUAUGACACAAAGGUGUUGAUCUACGAAAACUUACUAAAAAAGAAAGAAAAUUCCUUUUUGUGAGAUUGGUACAAGAAAAGUGGUUGUACUGGAGGCCAUUUUUCAUUGUUCUUACACUAAGGAACUGUAUGAUUGAAAGUGUUACAGUAUUUCCUUUGAAUCUUGACACUGACAGUGAUUUACUUCAGCCUGAAUGAUGUAAAGUACUGUAUGGCAAAUGUUAGCUGCAAAAUUCAGGGUUACAAGAUGAGACAUUAAUCAUGCUGUGUGGUUUGAGGAACUUUUAAAGCAGCAUGGGCCAUGACUUGAAAGAAACAACAUCACCAGGAAUAAGGCUGAAAGUGAGAAGCAUCUGGAGGAAAGGCACGAUGGUUGUGAGUCGGGUGAGCUUGGCCUUCUCUGAGACACUUCACCUCACCAAACAUGUAGCCCACGUGUGUCUCUUCAUCACAGUGGUGCUACUGUUUGAAGUGGGAGCUGGGGGCCUGUGGGGGGACCCUCCCACUUCUGCAUCAUAUCCACCUCUAGUCACCCUUCUCUUUCAGCUCCUCAGACUGCUGCCUCUACUGGCACUGCCACAGGCUGUUUUUAAUCUUUUGGGUCUAAUAUGCUUUAAUGCCUUCCCCGAACGUGCCAAGUUGAAGGGCUCACCUCUUCUGGCACCUUUCCUCUGCCUCCGAGUGGUAACCCGAGGAGACUACCCAGAUCUCGUCAGGCAAAAUGUCAACCGUAAUCUAACUACUUGCCUGCGGGUUGGCCUUGAAAAGUUCAUGAUAGAGGUUGUCACAGACAAAAAGAUUGAUUUACCAGAAAACCAAAGGGUUAGACAGGUCGUAGUUCCCACCAGUUAUCGUCCAAAGAGUGGAGCUUUGUUUAAGGCUCGGGCACUCCAAUAUUGUCUUGAGGAGGACAUCAAUAUAUUGGCUGACACAGAUUGGAUUGUUCAUCUUGAUGAAGAAACCUUAGUGACUGAUGCUGCAAUUCGGGGGAUUCUCAAUUUUGUUAUUGAAGGCAGACAUCAGUUUGGGCAGGGUUUGAUUACAUAUGCAAAUGAGAAUAUUCAGAAUUGGUUCACAACCUUGGCUGACAGUUUUAGAGUCUCUGAUGAUAUGGGCAAGCUGAGGUUCCAGUUCAAAGUGUUUCACAAACCACUCUUUGGCUGGAAAGGCUCCUAUGUUGUCACACAGACGGGUGCAGAACGACGAGUAACCUUUGAUCAUGGGCCAGAUGGAAGUGUAGCAGAAGAUAACUAUUUUGGUAUGGUGGCACUGAGGGAUGGUUACUCAUUUGAUUUCAUUGAAGGAGAGAUGUGGGAGAAAUCCCCAUUUACUAUCUACGACUUUCUGCAACAACGAAAGAGAUGGCUUCAAGGUAUUCUCUUGGUAGUCCACAGCCCCCACAUACCGGUGAGUACUAAGUGGCUCUUGGCAGUGUCUCUCUACUCUUGGGUCACUAUGCCCCUGGCCCUGGCCUCUGUCAUUUUAAGUACCAUCUUCCCUGUGCCUGUGCCUGGUUUUCUUAAUGUAAUUGCAGCAUUUGUUGGUGGUGUAAACUUUUAUAUGUAUAUAUUUGGGGUGAUCAAGUCAUUCCGUGUUGAUAGAGUUGGAUUUUUACGGAUGACUAUGUGUAUGGCCGGAGCACUUAUCACAAUGCCAUUCAAUUUUUUGGUGGAAAAUAUUGCUGUGAUUCGUGGACUGGUUGGGAACAAACAUAAAUUUUACAUUGUCAAUAAGUUGACAGGGGCUCCUGAUAAAGUUGUUAGCACUGUUUAAGUUGAGUGGAUUUGCCUGCCUAGUCAUGUGUACACCUUUCUCCCCCUCCCCUUACCUUACUGCAGCUGACCACCUCCACCGUUGCCUGAGAAACAUUUUGAGGAGUCAUCUUUAUAGAUUGACUGCACCUAGUAAUGUUGCUCUGGCUACUGCAGGUGCUCAUGACAAGAAAAUACCAUGGUAUGAAAUACUCCACCAGAACCAAGUAAUUCAUCUUCUAAUGAAUGAACACAAAGCCAAAUUUGGUUAUAGCUUGAUGCAUAAUGCUUCUUGUUGAUGUAUAUACCAGUGCAUCUUAUUGCAUCAGUGUAAACAAAUAAGCUGUGCGAGUGUAAUAUGGAAAUCGGCAUGUGUAUAUGUAAUAUCUUCAGCAUUGCUGCAUUGAAUCUUGAAAAACCAUGUGCUCAUCUGUGGACUCACCAAAUAAUCUAGUAUUUUCUAGAUUUCUUGCCUUUGUGCACAAAUUGUUCAAAUAGCUGCUAAGGGGCAAAUAAGAAAGAUUUGCAAGAAAAUAAGAUACAUGAUAGAAGUGUACUCGAUCAGAGAUCUCCAUUAACUUAGCUUGGGUAUGGUCAGCUGUGCUGUAUUAGAGGUGCUGCAAGUUAUGUGAAAUGUGCUCAGGAAUGUGGUUAUUUCUCAAGUCCUGUAGCACUUUUACAAAUAAAGGUAUGAUGAGGUGGAAGAAGUGAACAGCAGUGCUAUUAUAACAAGCACAAAUCAAAAUUUAGGUGCUGAAGCAAAGUCCAAGCUGACCUUUAUGAUUCUCAAAUGUAUGCUACUUCAGCAAUAUAAACUCAUUCUCUAACAUGGAGAAAAUUAAAAAAAAAAUGAGGAGGAGUGCUUGUUCGCACAUUUUAGACCAUGUGCAAUGUAGGCAUGAUCAUGGUGGUGCAUAUAUGCUUUGGGCAUCCCCACCUUUGUGAUAACAUUCACUGCCAAUGGAAAAAAAAGCAAGCUGAUAUUUAGGCCUCCAAUAUUUCCCAGUGCCAGGGCAUUGUGUUCAGUCUAUGAACUUGCCAUUUUCUUUUUUUUUUACCAUAGCAGAUAGUUGAAAGCCUGUGUCAGCAAUAUAAUUUAUUAUAUUCAGUGUUGUCUGUAUAUUUUUGUUAAGUGUUACUUUUUUGUAGUUUCAGAUAGAUUUCUCAUUUGCUUGUAUUUAAUGUUUAUAGAGCAAAAGCAUUUGUACAGAUCAUACCAACAGUUGAUAAGGUGUUAGUAAUUGUCAGUUGAUAAUAACUGAUCAAGUAGCCUCUCUAAAUUGUAUUUGCAUUAAGUCUAUCAUGGACAUUGCAGCAAAGCUGUCUCACAGCAAGGUGAUGCAGUUCAUGCAACAACCAUGUAGUAGUAUUCCAUGAUCACUGUUUGCUGUAAGAAGACAUCAAGAUUUUAUUUUUAUUUUUUUUGUGUGUGUGUGCAGGGGGGGGGGGGCACUUUAUAAUAGUAGCCAUAUGCUUUUUUGUUCCUUUGGUUGUGAUGUGUUCUACUUGUAAGAAAUGAAUUGACUAUGUUAUUGUAUAUAUUAUAUGCUAAAUUCUUCCAAGAAUAAUUGGAAGGUAAGGUCUUAACCAAAGACUCCCUAACAUUUAGUUUAUCAAGAGUAAGUAACACUUUUGCUGUUUUUGGUUAAUUAUAUGUAAUGUUCUUAUUCUACACAAUUGUACCUCAAGAAAUUAUGAGCCAGUUGAAUAUGUGUAAAAGCAGAUUUUGUCUUAUACAGUUACAUGCCUUCUGAAUAUAUACCUAGCCAGUACAUUAGUAUUGGUUUUAAAUCAUACAAUAAUCUAUAAAAAUAUACAGUACUAAAAUAUUUGUGCAGUCUGUAAUCAUGAACAUUUAAAUUGUAUUAGUAACAGAAAGAAGCUGUGUGACACUUAACUUGAUAAUUUUUGAUGUGUCUAAACAGUGUAAGAACGUCUGUACGCAAGGAUUUAUUUUAGAAUCACAUGCAUUGAAACAUGCAUUAGAAUUUAUCUAAUUUACCACUAGUUAUCAGAAAAAUAAUAUUGUUUAAUGUAAAUGAUUCAUGGAAGAGUUUUCAUUUUUAGUAGAAUGAAUUUGAGGAAGGUUCAGAUUUGUUUUGUUUUUUUGAAUGGCUAACCAUCUUGGUGUCAGGAUAUUGCAAACUGCAUUAUCUGUUUACAAAGUUAAGAUUAUAUCUGUAAUGAAUAUAUCCAGUAAAACUGGUAUUGUGUAUUACAGUAAAAUCUUUCAUGCACAAUUGUAGUGAAAUAAAGGUAUGAAGAUGAAACAAAUACAUAACAUCUAAAUACAAACAUAUAUUUUUUCUAAUAUAAACCAUUGCCCAGGUUUGAGUAGUGUUGUCUCCCUCUGUAUGAGAAUCAGUUGGCUAGUGUGGUGCCUACUGUACACAUCAUAUCAGAUAAUGCAUGACACAAAUAUGCUUGGCUAUAACACAAAGUCUAUGAAAGCAGAAACCAAAACAAAUGUAUAUGGUUUAAUUGUACAUUGUACAGAAAGUUUUUAAUAUAGGUUGGUGCAUUUACUGUAGGGUAUAAGUGAGAAAAGCCAUGCCACGCAUUUUUAUUUGAUCUUCACUAAGAUAUCCACCACAGAAUUUACAGUAAAACAUGUUCUCAUCCCAUGCAUGUGCUUAGCACUCUUUGUUAUUUCUCCAGAACAGCUGCCUCAUCUAUAUGGCCGCAGAUUUGCAUGUAAUGCCAUCUUGUUCAACAGUUGAUUAUCAUUCACAAAAUACUCUUAAGGUAAUCUUAAGCAAUUUUUUUUAAAUUCAUGACUAUAAAUUAUGAGUGAGAGUAAUGUUGUAACAAAUGGUAAAUCUUCAUAACUGUGAUUUGUAUUGGGAACACAAAAUCAUCUGUGGCCUCUUCAGCUGGUAAUUGGUAAAUUGUUAGAUGCCAUUUCUUCACAUUGUUUAUUCCACAGUAUUCAGCUAGCGAUAAGACCAGAGUUAUUAUAUUGUCCACAAUUUAUUCUUGCCAUGUUAUGAUUUUAAAGCAGCAGUAAAUUUAGUCCCUAUUCUAAAUAUAAGUAAUUAUUUCAGUAAAAUUCAAAGCCAGAAUUCCUUGUAAAUAUAUAAUGUACAGGUGUA